AUCGUGUGCAGCAUUUGCAUGCAAUGAGUUACACAUCAGAACAGUUGACUCAUUACUUCUUUAUCAUCUUUGUGUCAGAAAGCAGAGAAGAUGCUACAGCUGAGAUCCAGGUGAGCAUCUGUGAGGAUGUUCAUGCACUCAGUCCUGUGUAAAAAAAAACGGACUCCAGGUUGCAGUCUUAAAGCUCUCGAUACAAUCCUGCCGACUUCAAGCAGCCAACGAUUGCACACAAUGGACAAGAAUAUUUCCAAGUUGGAUAAUGAAACACUGGCCAUGCUUAAGAACCCAACUAUCAUGAGCACAUUGCCACUUUUGUACUCACUGGUGGUUUUAAUCAGCAUUCCCGGAAAUGCCUUCUCCCUCUGGGUUUUCUUCUUUCACAUCAAGCCCAAAACGCCUUCUGUCAUCUUCAUGAUUAACCUUAGUAUCACCGAUCUAGUACUGGCUUGCUGUCUUCCCUUACAAAUUGCCUAUCACAUCCGAGGGAACAAUUGGUUGUAUAGCAACAACUUGUGUAGUGUUGUCACCGUGAUGUUUUAUGCAAACAUGUAUUCCUCAAUACUUACAAUGACUAGCAUCAGCUUGGAGCGCUACUUGGGAGUGGUGUACCCAAUGAAGCUAGUCAAAUGGCGAAGAAAGAGAUACGCGUUGGUAGGGUGCUUGGUGAUGUGGGCUGCCCUACUAUUAGCCCUGUCUCCACUCGCAAAGACAGACCUGACCUAUAAAGUGGAAGAGCUAAACAUCACAACUUGCUUUGAUGUCCUCAAGUGGAGCAUGCUUCCUAGCAUACCAGCUUGGGCACUUUUCCUCUUAUCACUGUUCAUUCUCUUCUUCCUGAUCCCAUUCACAGUGACAGUGGCUUGCUACAUUGGCAUUAUUCGGAAGCUUGUCCAGGCAUCCAACCGAUACGGCAAUGGGCAGAAGACACGGUCAAUCUACUUGGCUGUAAUUGUCCUCCUGGUUUUCAUCACUUGCUUUGCCCCCAACAACUUUAUCCUGCUUGUCCACAUGAUCAGCCGCCUCUACCUGAAUAAGAGUUACUACCACAUUUACAAACUCACCUUGGGGCUCAGCUGCCUCAACAACUGCAUAGAUCCGUUCAUUUACUACUUUGCAUCCAAAGAGUUUUACCAGAAAUUCAUGCAGGUGAUGGGCCUGAAGGUGCUGCUGAGUGACAGUACAGAGGUCAGGAGGGACAGUGUGUUUUCCGUCAAUGGCAGGACGAUGUCAGCAAGAUCCAUGUCAAGUGGCCCUGGGGAAGCAAUGGCUGUUACUCACCCAAUUCUGCAAAGGAAUGAAAGUGUUUUUUAACGCCAGUGUUCAAGCGUGAGGAAGGUGCCCUCUUUCUUUCUAAAACUUUAGAAAAUAUCAGUAGCCACAGGAAAGUAUAAAUACUGCAAUCAGUUUUUCUCUCUGCUUACUAAAAGCGAGCCUUCACAUCACUGGACUCAUGAUGGGCUAGCAACGGCAUCCCCAAAAAUGAGUUUUCUCCCAGUCGCAUGUAAUAUGGAGUAACAGCCCACAAGAUGCCUCAUCACAUGACAUCAGACAUGACAUGGGGAAAGUUAAUAUGCAUUUCCAGGCACUGUGGGACAGUUCAAUAAAAGGUUACUGUUUUUGUG